AGGUGAAGAACUUCCGGUUAACAGGCAAUUGCCAGGAAUGAGAAAUACGAAUCAAAUAUACGACAUUAACACACUAAAAUGUUGUCAAAGCACGUUCUUAACUGCAGACAUUUAGGAAGGAAAUCUAUUUUGAAAUAUACACAAGCAAAGUGUCACUUAAAAGAUAUGAAAUGUGCUUUUUCGCAAUCAAAAACGUUAACCAAUACUGGGAAUAGUGCUGAAACUUUCCCAGACGUAACAUCAACAAACACCAGUGACGGUACUAGUGAGCUCCAGAGGGCAUUUGAGGACAGAGCACAUAAAAAUAAACUGCCAUUUAAUGAAAAACCUUUCGUGAAGAACUUAUUUUCAGGAGUACUAAGCAAGGAAGUUUUCACUUUCCCUCAGAUUGGUCAUAAAGAGGAUUUAGAAGUUCUUGAUCGACUAAUCAAACCAGUUGAGGAUCUUUUUAAGGAGAGUGUUCACUCGGGUGCAAUAGAUAGGGAUGCUGAGAUACCAGAGAAGAUCAUCACACAGUUAAAAGAGCUGGGGCUAUUUGGUUUAGAAGUUCCUAGAGAAUAUGGUGGUCUAGAUUUGAGUGUCACAGAGAGCGCACAGUUCGCAGAGGUGACAGGGGCUGACUGUUCAAUCUCGAUGACAUUAGCAGCCCACCAUGGACUUGGCUUAAAGAGUAUAUUACUCAGUGGAAAUGAAGAACAAAAGGCGAAGUAUCUACCCAAGCUUGCAACAGGAGAGAGCAUUGCUGCAUUUUGUCUGUCAGAACCUGACUGCGGCAGUGACAUAUCAUCUAUAGAGACAACUGCCAGGUUAACUGAAGAAGGCUCAAGUAAAGUUGUCCUGAAUGGCACAAAGAACUGGGUGGUUAAUGGAGGAAUCGCAGACGUCUUUAUAGUGAUUGCGAAGGGCAAGUUUAAAAAUGAACAGAAUAAUACAUUUGAAAAGCUAGUUGCUUUGAUAGUAGAGAAGGACUUUGGUGGCGUCACAGUCAGUGAGCCACAUGACACGUUGGGGACUAGAGGAUGUAACACUUGCACGGUUCACUUUGACAAUACUCCAGUCCCAGUGGAAAAUUCAUUAGGGGAAUUAGGUGAAGGGCAGGAGUUUGCACUGCGUAUAUUAGAGUGUGGGCGUGUUGGAGUGGGAGCCGCUGCUGUAAGUCUACUGAAGAAUCUCCUUGCUUCAGUAGUACAGGCAGCAAUCUCACGGACACGGUUUGGAAAAAAGCUGUGCGAGUUUGAUUUAAUCAAGGAAAGGGUUGCCAAGAUCACUGAAACCAUAUAUGCCAUGGAAAGCAUAACCUAUCACACGGCAGGACUAAUGGACACCUACGAGGAGCCUGACACUGGCCUGGAGGCCGCCAUCUUGAAGAUUUUCAGUUCUGAAGGUGUGUUUACCUGUGUAGAUGAGUGUUUACAUAUACUGGGAGCUGAGGGUUACCUGAGAGACCAGCCUUAUGAGCAAUACCUCAGAGAUGCCAGAAUGAUGGCUGGAUUUCCAGGCACCAAUGAUGUAACAAGACUGUUCAUUGCACUAAGGGGAAUACAACAUGCCAGCAAAGAUCUCCAGGGGUUCUUUAAGACCCUGAAAGAUCCAUUCAACAGUUUGACACAAUUUAUUAAAAAAGCUAAACCAGACUUCAAGACACUCAAAGUUGAAGAGGUUGUGCUUCCAAUUUUCAAGGGCACUAUAAAGCUAGCUUGGUCACUAUACCUUACCAUGUGUUAG